AUGAAAGAAAAAGCGAAAGGUAUUGAAUUUCGACCAACAGACUGUGGAGAAAUAUAUUCAAAAAGAGGAAAUGGGAUUUACACACUUUUUCCGAAUUCAUCCAGUAGCAGUGGUUAUUCAGUCUAUUGUGAUUUUGAAACAGAUAACGGAGAUUGGACGGUAUUUCAGAGGAGAAUAAACGGUACCACAGACUUUUUCAGAGGAUGGGAGGAAUACGAAAAUGGAUUUGGGAAUUUGGAGGCGGAAUUUUGGCUUGGUAAUCGGAAAAUCAAUGAAUUAACGUCGGACGGACUACACGAAUUGAGGGUAGAUCUUACCGAUUUUGACGGAAACAGUGGAUAUGCUAAAUAUUCCAGGUUCUCUGUCGGUGAUGCCUCUACCAAAUACAAACUUGACGUUGGUGGAUAUAGCGGGAAUAUCGGAAAUAGUUUGAAGCAUAAUAAUGGGAUGAGUUUUACUACAAAGGAUAGGGAUAACGAUCUUCAUUAUAUAGUUAACUGUGCAAAUGACAGAGAUGGAGCCUGGUGGUAUCACUCCUGUACAUCCGUCAACCUUAACGGACGGUAUCUCCAAGGUGGACAGAUUGAUUUGAAGAGUAUUCAUUGGUACAUGUGGAAGAAAUCAAGCAUUUCUUUAAAAUCAUCCGUGAUGAUGUUUAGAAAAGUGUAUCCAACAGGUUAAAGAUGAAAAUAUGAUAUACUUUUUGGAUAAUUUUUAUUAGAUUUUGUUGAUUUUUUACGUUUGAUUACUUUAAUUUAGUUGUAUUUAUAUAAAAA